AUGCUGCCCCGCAUCGCACCCCGCGUCCGGGGCCCUUACACCCCCCUUCCCCGCAUCACAUCUUCCUUGAACUCCGUUCACUCCAGUGGUUCGAUUUCAGUCGUGUCACACAAAGCCACCUCAGGAUGGAAUCACCAGCCGUCACAGCAGACGCGUCGUUUCAGCGAGUCAGCCGUUUAUGCUCCACAGAUCAGAGUCAUCAGUGUUCCUACUAUGGGGGACUCUAUCUCUGAGGGCACCUUGGCUUCUUUUCACAAGCAAAUCGGUGAUUAUGUCGAGCAGGAUGAGGAGGUUGCCUCUAUUGAGACAGCUAAGGUUGACAUCGCGAUUAAUGCAUCAGAUAGUGGAAAGAUCACCAAGUUCCUUGUGAGCGACGGUGACACGGUGACGGUCGGACAGGGAGUUAUGGAGAUCUCGCUGGAGAACCAUGACGCAUCGUCUGCCGUGGAACACAAGCCUGUCUCUGUGUGCACUGAAGUGAAGCAAGGGACUUCUGAACCUCAGCCUGAGAGCAAAGCUCAGACUGUAGCUGAGCCUGAGUGCACAUCUGCCCCAGCCGUCCCUCAAAUAGAAGAGCCUACUGCUGAAAGAUGGGAAGACCCUGAGCCUGUUACCAUGGGGAUCCGCACUGAGCGAAGGGAGAAGAUGUCCCGUUUACGCCUCAGCAUCGCCGAACACCUCCUCGAUUCCCAAAACACCACGGCCUUCGUUACCACUUUCAACGAAGUCGACAUGACGAAGGUCAUCGAGUUUCGCAAUAAUAAUAAAGACCAUGUGCUCGAAAAAUGCGGAGUCAAACUCGGCUUCAUGGGUCCGGUUGCCCGUGCGUCUGCGCUCGCUUUGAAAGAGAUCCCAAUCAUCAAUGCCUCUAUCGAGAAGAACGAUACCAUCAUGUUUAGGGAGUACAUUGACCUCAGCGUUGCCAUUUCGACUACCAAGGGAUUGGUCACUCCGGUCUUGAGAAACAUGCAGGACAUGGGUGUGGUGGACAUUGAGAAAGGGAUCGCGGAGUUGGGAAAGAAGGCCCGCGAAAACCGAUUGUCCUUGCGCGACUUGCUCGGAGGCUCGUUUACGAUCAGCAAUAGUGGCAUCUGGGGCUCGCUGUUUGGAACUCCGAUAAUCAAUGCCCCACAGACGGCGGUGUUGGGUAUCUAUGGAAUUCAACAGAGACCUGUUGCUAUCGAUGGCCAGGUUGAUAUUCGCCCGAUGAUGUAUACAGCUCUGACGUAUGAUCAUCGCCUGGUGGAUGGGCAUGAGGCGAUUAUUUUCUUGACCUUGGUCAAGAAGUACCUCGAGGACCCGGCCAGUAUGCUGAUCGAAUGA